GCUAGCGUAGCAAACUUGCUAGCGAGUGCUCAUGCAGCCAAAAACCGGGCGAGCAUCGGAGUGCUGAUAGCUUUGAGCAGGAACAAGGCAACGCGUUGCCACAUAGACAUAUUCGCGGCAGACUGAGCGAAUUGCCGCAUCAAGCAGUCUGCACUGCACGCACUGCACUGCAACCGCACGCCCAGAGCGCAGCGCUGAAAAAUGGCCGCCAUGCCCGGCAUCGUGGCCGCGGCCGUCCUGCAAAAGUCCGACGAUAGUGAGCUAAAAGACACGGCCGCGUGCCAAGGGCCGGACUUCGACAAAGACCGCUCUCUGGACGGCCUCUGCGCCAAACUACUAACAACAGGCUUCCAGGCCACGAAUAUCGGACUAGCAGUGAAAGAGAUCGAAAGGAUGCGCGCCUGGCGUCUAAGUGAUGUGCCCAUCACGGAAAACGAAGACGACGAUUUCAAGAGCCCCGAGGUACGAAGAAAUACGAAGGCAAAAAUAUUCCUAGCGUAUACCUCGAACAUGAUCUCGUCGGGUGUGAGGGAAGUCAUAAGAUACCUCGUGCAACACAAACAUGUCGAUGUACUGGUAACGACGGGCGGAGGCAUCGAAGAAGAUUUAAUGAAGUGCCUGGCACCGCACAAGAUGGGCGACUUUGCAUUAAGAGGUAAGGAUUUGAGGCCGAAAGGUCUGAAUAGGAUCGGGAACUUGCUCGUGCCGAACGACACGUAUUGUAAGUUCGAGGACUGGCUGCGGCCGAUUUUACAUAAGAUGCACGACGAGGUCGACGCCAAAGCUUCUACUGAAGAAGCCUUCCACUGGACGCCCUCGAGCAUGAUCGACCGCUUCGGGAAGGAGAUCAAUGAUCCUUCCUCCGUGUACUACUGGUGCCACAAGAACAACAUCCCGGUUUUCUGUCCCGCGAUCACGGAUGGGAGUAUAGGUGACAUGUUGUAUUUUCACUCGUAUAAGAGGCCUGGCUUCAUCGUCGACAUCGCCAGAGAUAUCCGCCUCAUCAACGACGAAGCCGUGAAGGCCAAGGCGACGGGCAUGAUUAUUAUUGGCGGUGGCCUCGUAAAACACCACACGUGCAACGCCAAUUUAAUGAGGAACGGCGCGAACUUCGCGGUCUUCGUGAACACGGGGCAGGAGUUCGACGGCUCGGACUCAGGCGCUAGACCGGACGAGGCCGUGAGUUGGGGCAAGAUCAGGAUGGAGGCCAAGCCCGUGAAAGUGUACGCGGACGCGACGCUCGCGUUCCCGCUCAUCGUGUCGCAGACCUUCGCCAAGCGGCCAUGACGCGUCACAUAUCCCCGGUCGACUACUACUAGUGUUGUAACUACGUCCCUCGAUGAA